UUCAAACCCAACCCUUGUUCGCAAUCACAUAUAUUUACGGCAGUUCUAAACCAUGAGGUGCUUCUCCAGCAUUUACCGUGUGCCUAUGUAACUGAGUGCCUUAUGAAAACUACUCGUAACCUCAUACCAUAUGAACAUGUAUUGCUCAUAAAAAUGUUCUCAUAGCAAGAGCUUUACGUUGUACAGCGUAUUCAAGUGAUAGUGCAACAUCUGGUCACUUUUUCGUUGUUGCUGUUGUAAUUCUUUAGUGAAAUAUAAAAAUAGUAUGGCAUACUGAGCGUGGCCACAAACAUCGAUGUCGAAAAAUGGCGUUGAGGAUGUCAUCGAGGCGAUGGCAAUUUUGCUCAUGGACUGGAAUCACCCACUUCUCCGUCAGCUGGAUGGUCUUCAUGAAGUGCCACUACGCUACGAAGACGAGGAGACGAGAGUCCUGGCCGAAUCCCUCGUACCCAUCGACGAGCUUCAGGCUCGCGUAGCUACACAAUAUGCCCCCCCCGAGCUGGAACGAGAUCUUCUACUGAUAGAAAUCGUUCAGUGGUUCAAACGUGAGUUUUUUAGUUGGGUCGAUAACCCCAAAUGCGAUAGCUGUAGUGAGAAAACAAAGGUUGAACAUAUCGUUUCUCCGGACGAUAUCUGCUUGACGUCGGAAGAAAAAGAAGGGCUCGCACGACGGAUCGAGUUAUACAGAUGCACUGCAUGUAAACGGGAACUGCGAUUUCCAAGGUAUAAUUGCCCGCGGAAGCUUCUUGAAACUCGUUCAGGUCGUUGUGGCGAAUGGGCUAACGCCUUCACGCUGAUUUGUCUUGCUCUUGGCUAUGAAGCGAGGUACGUAUGGGACGUGACAGACCACGUCUGGACAGAAGUCUGGUCAGACGCAAAAAACCGUUGGGUUCACUGUGAUCCGUGUGAAGCAGCGUGUGAUGCACCACUCACUUACGAACAAGGAUGGGGUAAACAGCUGAGCUAUAUCUUCGCUUUCACGUCUUUCGAAACUGUAGAUGUUACUUGGCGGUACGUGACAAAUUUCAAGGAAACUCUUGCAAGACGACGAAGCCUACCCGAAGCAAUACUUAUCAAAUAUCAAGAUAUUCGAAACGAGGCCUUCCAACGACCAUUAAGCCCUGUGCAUAAGGAAAAGUUAAAAAAGCGAAGAAUUAUGGAGUUAACGGAGUUCCUCGCACCACCAAAGGUUCGAGGAAUAGCAGAAUUACAAGGCCGCAUUUCUGGAGAUGAAGCGUGGCGUUUAGGCCGUAAAGAGACAGAUAAUACCCGAAUCAUUCGCAAUUCACGGCCUGACGUCAGAACCAUGGAAAUAACUUACUCUUCGGCAAGUGACAUCUAUGUCAUCGAAGAGGACGGAGAUGUCGUCGAGAAAACUUACGGCUGGGCGUCGAUGAUGCAAUCACAUCUCGAUAUCAUUCGCAAGGAGGAGUUAGACUGGAAGAUGGCUUAUCUGGCAAGACGUCCAGGCUCAUCUCUAGGUGUAAUGCAAUACAAGAUCGAGUUAAGCAGGGCAUGCCGUGUAGUCGAAGUCACUUUCAUUCGAGAGACAUUCGAGAACGGCGAAGUGGCAGUCAACCUGUCGACCGGAGAAGAUAACAGCCUUUGCAUACGCGGAAACGAUCCUGUUACCUUCAGCCUUCCACCUGACUCUGGUUAUAAUUUGGUGCUCACAUGUGAGCUGUCUGGAGGUCAAGGAGACAACGCAUGGCAGCACGCGCAAGCUUUUCGACAGGCGCUCAGCACAGACGCAAUGGCCCCCACUAACUCCACAUCCUCAGCAUUUUCUAUUCACUGUGCUUCCGGGAAACAGCAACGAAUUGAAAACCACCGCCAGCAUUCGCCUACCCUGAAGCUUCGUCUAUUUUUCUAGUUUAAUUUGCUUGACUCGUUUUCCUUUUUAGCAUUUAGAGGCUUAAAAACGAGUCGCCUGUUUGAGCCUUCGGGCAUAUUAUACAGGUCACCGAUAAUAGUGUAAUUAAAUUGAUGGUGAAAAUGCACAAAGCGACUAAAUCUGCCAACUAUUAUAAUUAAACAUUAAAAAUUCUAAGUUGUUACGAAAGUCAUUUUUGUUAUCGUUCCCUUUGCUAACUUUCCAUUUAUGAUUGAAGGAUUUUCUGUAAGCCAGAAGACUGUUGUCGUUUUUUUGCUUGGAUUACGCAGUUCUCUUUUUCGAGUUUUGAUUCUAAACAUAUGUCAGGUCGUUACAGGUAACAUCUUUAACAUUUCCUGCUCGUCUUUUCUCAUGGUGUAGGUAUGGCGUGUUAGGAUUUCAAAAGUGCCUCCGCGAGUUCAAAAAUAGCAUCUUUGGCCUAAAGAACGCGUUCUUCGCGAUUUUCCGAAUUUGACGAUAAUUGCCUUGGGCCAUUCUAGAAGGAGGAUAAUUGUUAGAUAAUUUUAAGUUUCCUAAAGAAGUCCUAAUGAUAUUCUCGUUGUAAGUGAACAACUUGAAAAUUUAAGUUGUUCAAGCAGUUUGAGGUUUCUAUAGCCAUAUCAUAACUAUGUCGCAAAUUAACUUGUAUCUUAGCCGCCAUAAACAUGUUUGGACCCAAUGUAAAAUCUGGAUAAGGUGGCUAUACCAGCUUUGUGAAGCUUUCUAGCUAUACAUUAGAGAAGAAAGGCAAUGAAAAAAAAACUGCAAUUAUUUUCAAUACUUGUAUAUUAUACAUUGAUCAGGAUGAAAUUUUAGCUAAACGUCAACCAGUGUAGAAGCAUAACCAAGCAAGGAUCUAUGACCCUGCCAAAAAAGUAGUUAUGAUUUGGCGGUAUUGCACUGUAUGCGUUAUUUUGAUAUUGGUUUGAAGACGGCUUUGGUGGUACUCUAACUGUAAUUUCGAUAUAUAAAGCCACGACUGUAUGGACAGAUUAUUUUUUAAUUAAAUUUUAAUUA